AUGGUCCUGGUCCUGACCCAGGACCUGAACACACGUGAACGCUGGCGAGGACAGCCGUCUUUCACCUGGGAGGUGAGGGCAAAUGACCGAAACUACCACUUGCAGUUCAAGAAGAAAUUUGCCUUCUGUCUGACCAAGAAGAAGUAUGCGGACAACGCCAUUAAAACAGCCAAGUACAACAUCUUGACCUUUCUGCCACUAAACCUCUAUGAGCAGUUGCACCGAAUGGCCAAUGUUUACUUCCUCUUUGUCAUCCUCUUACAGACCUUUCCUGAAAUCUCCACACUGCCUUGGUACACUUUGUUGUUCCCCCUGAGCUGCCUUCUCACCAUCCGGGGCUUACGAGAUCUUAUUGAUGACAUUGGCCGUCACCAAAGUGACAGGAAGAUCAACAACAGGCCAUGUGAAAUCCUGUCUGGGAAGAGCUUCCGCUGGCAGAAGUGGCGUGAUAUCCGUGUUGGAGAUAUUGUCCGUCUGCGCAAGGAAAACUUCGUCCCGGCUGACAUGCUCUUGCUGUGCAGCUCGGAGCCCAGCAGCCUGUGCUAUGUGGAGACAGCAGAUAUUGAUGGAGAAACGAACCUGAAGUUCAGACAGGCCCUUCUGGUCACCCACCAGGAACUGGUGAGUGAGGAGAGCGUGGCUGCAUUUGAUGGGAAAGUGACCUGCGAGGAGCCCAACAGCCGGAUGCACAGCUUCACCGGCAUGCUGGAGUGGAAGGGUGAGACAUACUCGCUGGAUAGCGAAAGGAUCUUGUUGAGAGGCUGCAAGUUACGCAACACCGACGUUUGCUAUGGCUUAGUUAUCUAUGCAGGAUUUGAUUCCAAAAUUAUGAGGAACUGUGGAAAGAUCAAGUGGAAGAAAACCAAGUUGGACCACAUGAUGGACCGGCUGGUAAUCAUAAUCUUCCUGGUGCUGUUGGUCAUAUCACUGUGCCUUGCUGUUGCCUCUGGAUUCUGGGCAAGGAGGUUCCAGGAGAAGCACAGCUACCUCUCUGCUCUCUACAAGCACACAACUCCCGCCAAGCAGGCCUUCUUCAACUUCUGGGGCUUCACAGUUCUCCUGAGCAUCAUCAUACCGAUGUCCAUGUAUAUAACGUUUGAAUUCAUCUACCUGGUGAACAGCUUUUUUAUCAACUGGGAUUUGGAAAUGUAUUAUGCUGUCAAGGACAUACCAGCAAAAGCCAGAAGCACCAGCCUCAAUGAUCAGCUUGGCCAGAUCGAAUACAUCUUCUCAGACAAGACUGGCACCCUGACACAAAACAUCAUGAGCUUUAAGAAAUGCUGCAUCAAUGGGACAAUCUAUGGUAUGAGCACAGGCCAUGAGAACAAACAGCCGUCGGGAUCAGGGCCGACCUGGAGCCACCAUGCAGACAAGAAGUUGGAGUUUUAUGACCCCAUGCUGCUGGAAGCUGUCCAGCAGGACACCGACCCUGUGCUCAGGGAGUUCCUGAGGCUGCUAGCCCUCUGCCACACCGUCAUGGUAGAGGAGAGCGACAACCAGCUGGUUUAUCAGGCAGCCUCACCCGAUGAAGAAGCACUGGUGUUGGCAGCCAGGAACUUGGGGUACGUCUUUCUGGCCCGAACACAAGACACUAUCACUGUCAGCGAGCUGGGGGUGAAGAGGACAUACAAAGUGCUGGCCAUGCUGGACUUCAACAGUGAUCGCAAGAGGAUGUCAGUCCUGGUGCGAGACCCUGAGGGGACAAUCCGGCUCUACACCAAGGGGGCUGACACAGUGAUCCUGGCAAGGCUGCACAGGCGAGGGCCCAAUGAGACCUUCACUGAGACAGCACUGGACCGCUUCGCCGCGGAGACCUUGAGGACUUUAUGUCUGGCCAGCAAGGUGGUGAAUGAAGCUGACUACAGCAAGUGGAGCAGGAGGUACCAUGAAGCCAGUGUCCUGCUGCAGGACCGUGCGCGGGAGCUUGACAAGCUGUAUGAGGAGAUGGAGCAAAAUUUGCAGCUGCUUGGGGCCACGGCCAUUGAAGAUAAGUUGCAAGAUGGAGUCCCUGAGACCAUCCAGCUGCUGAAACUGGGCAAUAUAAAAGUUUGGGUGCUGACAGGCGAUAAACAAGAGACUGCAAUGAAUGUUGGCUAUGCAUGUAAGCUGCUCACGGAUGACAUGGAGGUCCUGGAGGAGAAGAAGAUAAGUGAAAUCCUCGAGGCCUGCUGGGUGAGCCACAACAAUGUGAGCAGCAGUGAGGAAGCCUUGUACAGCAGCUGCUUCUUCCAGCAGUGCCCAGAGGCCUUGCGCCAUAAGAAGAGAGCUCUCAUAGUCAAUGGGGACUUCCUGGACAAAAUCCUCCACACGGGAGAAGAGCUGAAGAAGAGGACAGAGUGGCUGGGGCAGCGGCUGGCAUGCUGCAAGGCUGUGGGCUCGCAGAAGCAGGGCAGCCUGGUGGAGAAGGCGUUCGUGGAGUUGGCCACCAGCUGCCAGGCUGUGAUCUGCUGCAGGGUGACCCCCAAGCAGAAAUCACUCGUUGUGCAGCUAGUGAAGAAGUACAAGAACGCCAUCACGCUGGCCAUCGGCGAUGGGGCCAACGAUGUCAACAUGAUCAAAACUGCUGACAUUGGGGUUGGCAUCAGUGGGCUGGAGGGCAUGCAGGCCGUGCAGUGCAGCGACUAUGCCCUGGCGCAGUUCCGCUACCUCCAGCGCCUUCUGCUUGUCCACGGCCGCUGGGCCUACCUCCGGAUCUGCAAGUUCCUCCGCUACUUCUUCUACAAGACCUUUGCUGGCCUCAUGGCCCAGGUCUGGUUUGCUUUUCACAGUGGAUUUACAGCUCAGCCUUUGUACGAGGGCUGGUUCCUUGCACUCUAUAACGUGUUCUACACCGCCUACCCUGUGCUUUCCAUGGGCCUUCUGGAGCAGGAUGUAAGUGCCAAGAAGAGUCUGGAGUUCCCUGAACUUUAUGUGAUUGGGCAGCGAGAUGAGCUCUUCAACUACCGCGUUUUUGGCGUGACCCUCCUGCAUGGUAUCAGCACCUCACUCGCCAGCUUCUACAUUGCACUCUGGGCCUUUGAGGACCGAGUCGGCAGUAAGGUUGUCGGGGACUAUGAGUCCUUUGCCAUCACUGUUGCCACAUCAGCUUUUCUGUCGGUCAUCGUGGAGAUCAUCAUGGACACAAAGUUCUGGACCGUGUUGUCCUUCCUGAUGGUCACAGCCAGCCUACUGCUCUUCUGUCUCUUCUCCUUCCUGACCCAAAGCAUCAAUGCCUUCAAAAUAGCCCCUGCCAUCUUCCGCUUUCCAGAUGCCAGCAAGAAUGCCCUGACCGACCCGUACAUUCUGCUCAUCAUCCUGCUGUCCUUGGUAGUGAACACCAUCCCCUCACUCACCAUCCGCUUAUACCGCACCAUCAUGGGCAAAACCACCAUUCAGCAGGCAGCUGCAGCCCUGAUGUACCCCAUCUCCUUGCAGAAGAUCCGCUUGAAGACCAAGUGGGAGCCAGAGCCCUCAGUGGAGCUGCGUGCCCACAUCCGCCGCAGCUCCUUCUGCCACCGUUCCAGCUACGCCUUCUCCCACCAGGAGGGCUAUGCAGGUCUCAUCACCCGAGGGGACAGCCUGCGCAUGAAGGGCACACACAGCGCUGUCUUGAGUCUCCUUUGCCAAGAAACAAUCCCUACUUCAUCCUCCCUCCAUGUGCCCUCCGCAUAG